AUGAUUUCUAUACCCAGUCCAUCAAUCCCGACAAUGCCAACCCACAACUUGCGAUCUUUCGCGCAAAAUCCCGCAAUCAUAGCCGGAACACAAACAACAGCCAUAUUAAUGGCCCGUAUCUUGACGUCAUUUCCAAUAAUGAUGCGCAGCCAGGAUUCUCUUCCGCCCUUCAUCCACCCAUAUUCGCUAUCUAACGUCCCAGGUUCCGAGAGCAAGUCAUUGGAAUCACUCACUACGUGCAUGAGCCUCAUGCAGAUGGUCAGUACUAGUGCGCAUGGGGGUAGGAAGUUGCUAUGGAAGAACGUGAGAUUGGAGUGCGAGCGUCUACAGGGAGAAUAUGCUAGGCUUGAUAGGUGGGAGCUUCUUUCCUCCAUGCAGGCUCUCUUAAUCUACAUGCUCGUUCGAGUACAAGAAGGUGAAACCAUGUAUAAUAAUAUCGACGUCUUGCUCCUGUCGACCGUGUGGAUAGUAUCAAGUGGGCUCUACCAGCAACUUGGCAACGUUCCAUGUGGUGCGGCUUCUGGCCUUGGUUAUGGCCCGACUCAGGAUGAUUGGAUUUUCGAAGAGUCAAGACGAAGAUUGGCCCUGGUAUGCAAAUGCACUCGGAUGCUCUUCUCAUUGGAACCAAUCCGUGGAUGCGUUAUGCAGGAUGGCUUUCUUCUCGCGCCUCUGCCAGCAAGAAAACAGCUGUGGGAGGCUCGUGACGAGUAUUCGUGGAUGCUGGAAAACAGACGGGAUGUUGGGGUCCCGAGCGUGUUUGGGAUUAUGUUAGAUGGCCAGAUGGUCAAAUUGAAUGAACCGCAGGCGUUACUAAGUGGUCAAGGGAUCUCGGUGCAGUCGGAGAGAUCGAAAGAGAGUAGUGUGAAUUGGCAGGAAUGGUGUUCGGGCAUGGAUGGGCUUGGUGCGCUGGUCAUGCUUGCUGCUUCUCUGCCAACUUCAUGA